UGAAACUAUCAUUGCGCCUCUCUUACUCUCACUCUCAUUCUCUAUCCAGUGUACCUCGGACAGCGAUGGAGGGAGGAACGCCAACCGACUGGACGAUCUAAGCAAUAAUAUUGUGACCUACUGUGGAACGCAAUCGGUUCUCAAGUAUUCCACUCUUAUGCGGGGUGAACGUAUAAAAUAUUUUUAUUUACACACACGUGAGUGAGCUGUCAUCGUCGUCGUCCGCUCCGAUUUUUCACGAAAACUGUGACUGAGGUCAUCAGUCAUUUAACACCAAUCUGAAUACGACCUAUUAUACCAUGUUGGAACCCAACGUGUACAACAUUGUGUUGAUCCCGUUGGCGAUUUUGAUAUCGUACGCGAUAUGGUUGCGACUCCGGAAGCCACUGGAAUACCGGCGGAUCUCGUCGCACGUGCCGUCCGCCACGAAAAGUCUUUGGAGCGAAAUUAUGUUUUCGUGCACCAUAGCGAUGAAGCACCCUAGAGAUUUAUUGCCAUUCUUCAUGGAAAUAUUUCGAAACAACGGUCCAAUCGUUCAUGUAAAUAUUACUGGACGGUCAUAUGUAUUGUUAAAUGAUCCAGAUGACAUAAAAAUUCUGUUAUCCAGUACACAGUACAUAAACAAAGGUCCCGAGUAUGAGAUGUUAAAACCGUGGCUGAACGAUGGCCUUUUAUUAAGCUCGGGUCUGAAAUGGCAAAACCGUCGGAAGUUACUGACCAACACCUUUCAUUUUAAGACAUUAGACAUGUACAAUCCUGCCAUCAAUAAGCAUGCAAAGGUAUUUACGAAAAAUCUUUUGGAAGCAUGUGCGGACGAUAAAGAAAUCUCCAUCAUAGAAUACGUGACAUUAUGUUCUCUAGACAUCAUCUGUGAAACAAUUAUGGGCACUGAAAUGAAUGCUCAAAAAGGGAAAUCAAUUGAAUACGCCCAUUCCAUUAAAAGUGCUUGCAGGUCAGUGAUUGAUCGAGUUUUUAAAUUUUGGCUUUGGAAUGAUCUGAUCUAUAGAAUAAGCGAAAGUGGUCGGUCGUUUUUUAAAUCAAUUGGAGUGUUACACGAUUUUACUGAUAAUGUUAUCAAACGUAAACAAUCAUUGUUAAAAAAUUCUGAAAAUCAAAUUGUUCAGCCCGAAAGCAAACCAGCUGAAAAAAGGAAAACGAAAUCGUUCUUGGAUUUACUUCUGGACGUUUUCAAUGACAACCCGGAUCAGAUGACUAUUAAAGACAUUCGAGAAGAAGUAGACACAUUUCUCUUCGAAGGCCACGACACGUCGGCAAUAUCGAUGACUAUGACUCUUUUAUUGCUGGGGAUGCACCAAGAUAUUCAAGAUCGCGCUAGAGAAGAGCUAUAUGGUAUAUUUGGUGACUCCGAUCGAGAUGCAACUAUGGAAGACUUAAAUGCCAUGCGAUAUUUAGAUGCAAUCAUUAAAGAAUCACUUCGACUUUAUCCUAGUGUUCCUAGUUUUACGAGAGAAUUAGAAACAACGUUAAAGCUCAAUAACUACAGAAUUCCUCCAAUGACAACAAUGGUGAUAUUUCCCUACAUUUUACACAGGAAUGAGAACAUUUUUACACAGCCUGAAGACUUUAUUCCUGAAAGAUUUUUAGACGAAGACAAUAAAUCAAAAUUUUUAUUUAGUUACAUUCCAUUCAGCGCAGGCGCAAGAAAUUGCAUUGGACAAAAAUAUGCAAUGAAUCAAAUGAAAACCGUCAUAUCGACCGUCUUACGAAAUGCAAAGAUUUUAUCAUCGGGACGCAAAGAAGACAUUAAAAUUAGUAUGCAAUUACUUAUCAGAAUAGAGUCACUUCCAAAAGUGAAAUUUUGUAAGCUUUAGUAAUUUAUAAUUUAUAAAAAUAUUAUACAUAACUACCUAGGUUGUUAUUAAUCAUAUAAAAACAAUUUUUAUGUGAAAAUAACAGUCACAGAGUUAAUAUGUAUACUUAUGUAUAUCUUAUAUCUAUGUAUUAUCGCCCAA